UCAAUGAAGUGCAAGGACAGCUUGCUGUAAUAAAUUCGAAAGCCGGGAUGUCGAUGAGAACUUCUUAUGAAGUCAUGGGUCAGGGAGUUGGAGGAACAGAUAACUUGCCUUUUCGAUUUUCAGAUUUAAAGAAUUAUCUGAUGACAAAUCGGCAAAAAGAGAUGCUAGUUGGUGAGGCAACCGUGAUUCAAGAUUUUUUUAGAAAUGAAGCUUUGUCGAAACCAUCCUUUUAUUAUGAUAUUCAAGUUGAUGCUGCGGAAGAUAUAGCUAGUAUUUUUUGGGCAGAUGGGAUUAUGCAGCUUGAUUAUGCCUUAUUUGGUGAUGUUAUAAGCUUUGAUACAACUUACCGAACCAAUAAUCAGUAUCGCCCUUUAGCUGCAUUCAUGGGCUUUGACAAUCAUCGUACAAGUGUGUUAUUUGGCGCUGCCCUGUUGUAUGACGAGACUGCAGCAACUUUUGACUGGUUGUUUACAACAUUUUUGAAAUGUAUGUCCAAUAAAAAACCACAAUCGAUAUACACGGAUCAGGCGACUGCAUUGUUGAAGUCAGUUCCAAAUAUUUUUGAAGGUGUUUUUCAUGGACUUUGCUCAUGGCAUAUGGCAGAGAAUGCAAAGAAGAAUCUCGGGUCUCGUGCAAAUAGUGCUUUUUUUGAUGAGUUGAAUAUUUUGAUUUCACAUGUUGAGACUGAAUCAGAUUUUGAUUACAAUUGGGAUCAGAUGAUGAAAACCUGUUUUGAUGGAAGGCCAACUGCAGACUUUAAGUGGCUUGUUCAAACUUACAGGAAUCGUAUGCAUUGGUCUUCAGCUUGGGUCAAAAAUCAUUUUACUGCUGGUUUGAAAACAACUCAAUUAAGUGAGUCCUUCAAUGCCUUUCUCCGUCAUUUUCUGCAGCCUGAUCAUUCACUUGUUAUAUUCUUCAAUCAUUUUAAUAUUAUGGUCCAGAGAAUGAGGGAUAAUCAUACUGAGUUAGACUUUAAGGCUGCAAACACUAGAGCAAAAAACAAUUAUCCCAACAGUCAACUGAUGCGGUCAGUUGUAAACAAAUACACCCCAACUUGCUUUGCAUUCAUUCAUAGGCAGUAUGAUUUUUCUUUCAAAUACUUUUAUGAAGAGGUCACACCCCAAGUUUCUGCAAUUGAUAAGGUUUUCAAAGUUUUUACAAUUGUACAUGUUGAUGAACCUGAGGAAGUAGAUGGUGUUAAUUAUGAUGAUGCUUGUAAUGAUGGGCCUUCAAACCGUGAUGUUUUGGAUGAAGAAGUUGCUGAAAACCUUUCCCCAAACUUUGAAAAGCAUGAUCGACUUGAUGAACGGCUUGUGACAAUUGAUAUUAGGGCCAAACGUAUUAGCUGCACAUGCCGUAUGUUUGAGAACAGGGGUUUCUUGUGUCGACAUAUUUUCAAAAUAUUGGAGUUUUUAGGUGGUUCUGUGCAAUAUCAUGGUUUGAAGACAAUACCUGCAGAAUAUGUGUUAAAGCGUUGGUGUAGAGAUGUGCGUCAGUCUGUUAAAUCUACUAUCAAUGUUGCCACUGAAGGCGCGACUCAAGCACAACGAUAUCAACAAAUUUGUGCUGUUACAGUUAACCUUUGUACACGUGUUUGUGCAGAUCCUGAGGCUUCUCAAAUUUUUCUUAAUGGUGUUCUUGAAGCUGGGAGAAAGGCAGAAGAGUUGCUUAAUUCGAAAGGUAUUCAUACAGUUCAAUCUUCCGUGACGCCACCUAAGUCAUCUUCCGUUACGCCAUCUAAGUCUUGCAAUACAACAGCUGUCAGUGAAGCAUCUGAUGCUCAAAAGUCGACUGGUCCAAAGUUCAAAAAAAGACCAAAUCCAAUUAGAUCAAAGAAACGACUUAAAAGUGAUUAUGAAUUGGCUAGAGAACACCAGAAAUUGCUUAUACACCGGAAGAGAAAACAGAGAGGGGCUGAGGAUUUAAAGGGGAAAGAGUCUGCUGAUUGAUAUUUUUACAUGUUAUAAUUUUGUAUUA